AUGGCAAUGAAGCAUGCAUUCUUCGUAUGCCUCAUCAUUACAUUCCUCUUCUCUUGCUCAUCAGAAACCACCACCUCCGGCAACAUAAACUGGUGGUGCACCCAGACUCCAUACUACGAAACCUGCAAUCACUAUAUCGCCGAACCUAACCCCUAUAUGACAACCAUAUCUACAAAUCAGUUCCUGGAUAUGACUGUACAAGCAGCCAUAGAUGAAGCACGUGUGGCUCUGAAACGAGCCCAAGGGAUCGAGUCAAAGUACCCAAAUGUUCCAGGAAAAAGCUUGUGGGGUAGCUGCGUUGAGUACAUUGAUGGCAUCGUUUUCACACUUAACAUGGUCCUGAACCACACCCUCCACCCAACCCAACUUGACGUCCAGACAUGGCUCAGUGCUAGUUUAGCCUAUAUCAACGUCUGUGAAAAAGGGUUCGAGUUGAUUAAUAUGACCAACACAAUGCUGCCCCUAAUUUCUACCAAUUUGACACAAUUAAUACUCAACUCCUUGGCUAUUAGUGUUCUCUUUAGGGGUAGUAAUACCAAUAAUGCUCCUGAGUCUGUCGAUUGGAAGCAGAGGGAUUUGGCACUAGAAUGUACUCCAAACGUCGUUGUGGCUCAAGAUGGCUCAGGAGAUUUUGAAACCGUUCAAGAAGCUGUAAAUUCGGCAUCGAACAGGACACAAUCCCGGAGGUAUGUGAUUUACGUGAAGGCUGGAAUCUAUGACGAAAACGUUGUGAUUCCGAGGACAGUGGAGUAUAUAACGAUGUUUGGAGACGGAAUAAAUAAGACGAUCAUUACUGGUAGCCGGGGUUUAGGUGGUGACAUGGUCGGAACGUCAAAGGCUGGUGACCUCAAGCAAACAGCAACAUUUCAAGUUUGGGGUCGUGGAUUUAUCGCUCGAGAUAUCACCUUCCGGAACACUGCCGGGCCACAGGGAGAGAAAGCGGUGGCUCUUCUCACCAGCUCCGAUCAAUCAGCCUUUUAUCACUGCAGCAUUGAAGGCUAUCAAGACACACUUUUUACUUUUUCUAGUAAACAGUUCUACAAAGAAUGCCAGAUUUUCGGAACAGUUGAUUUCAUAUUCGGCGACGCUCCGGCAGUGUUCCAAGAUUGUGAGAUCUUCAUAAGGAAACCACCGCUUGAAGAAGGAGGGUUAGUGGUGACUGCUAAUGGACGGAAAUAUGAAAACGAAACGUCUGGAUAUACACUGCAAGGGUGUAAGAUAACUGCUGCAGAUGAUCUAAAGCCGGUGAUCGAUCAGCACAAAGCUUUCUUAGGAAGACCAUGGUAUCCACACGCCGAGACUGUUUAUAUGCAAUGUUUUCUUGAUGAGUUGGUGGAUCCGAAAGGGUGGAUGGAUACUUGGGGUUAUAACGAAACCAUUUAUUAUGGAGAGUAUAAGAAUUAUGUACCAGGUUCGAGUACUGAUGAGAGGGUUAAAUGGAGUGGUUACCAUGCCAUAGAUGAUCCAAAUAUCGCAGAGGAUUUCACCGUUGACAAGUUCAUGUCAGGCAACCAAUGGCUUCCUGCAACCGGCGUGCCUUUUACAUCCGGGUUUGAAAAUUUGUAG